CGCCAGAAGUGAGAGACGCGACGAAGAGAAGCUACAGACGUAGAAGAAGAGGAGAGAUGGACGUCGAUAUGGAAGAGGAUGCUCCUCGGUCAGUCCCCAACAAAGGAAAGGGAAAGGCCAGGGAUACAGGCACAAAAGAUGCCAUCGACGACAAUAACCUGCCCUGGGUCGAAAAGUAUCGACCAAAAGACAUGACGGAUGUCGUGGCGCAUACAGACAUCAUCGCCACGCUAGGCAAGUUCAUCGAGAGCAACAGGCUCCCGCAUCUCUUGUUCUAUGGACCGCCAGGCACAGGCAAGACUUCGCUGAUUCUCGCCAUGGCGCGGCGUCUCUUUGGCGACCGGUACAAGCAGCAAAUAAUGGAACUCAAUGCUUCUGAUGAUCGAGGUAUCGAUGUUGUGCGUGAACAGAUCAAGACAUUUGCAUCGACCAGGCAAAUCUUCAGCUCAAGUUUCAAGCUCAUCAUUCUCGAUGAGGCAGAUGCCAUGACUAUUGCUGCACAAAAUGCACUGAGACGUGUCAUUGAGCAGUAUACAAAGCAUGUUCGCUUCUGCAUCAUCUGCAACUACGUCAAUAAAAUCACACCAGCCUUGCAAUCGCGUUGUACACGAUUCAGGUUCCAACCGCUCCCGGAAAUACACGUUGAGAAAAAGAUCGAUCAAAUUAUUGCCGCUGAGCAUGUCAAAAUCACCCCCGAAGCGAAAACAGCAUUGCUGUCACUCUCUGGGGGUGAUAUGCGUAGAGCAGUCAAUGUUCUACAGGCGUGUUCGACUGCCUUUGAGCAAGAGGAGAUUGACGAGGCGGGUAUCUACAAUUGCGUUGGCAAUCCACAUCCACGCGACCUGCGACGUAUUGUUGAGAGCAUGAUGAACGACGAUUUGACAACAUCAUUAUCGCUGAUUGCCCGUAUGAAGGCAGAGAAGGGUCUCGCACUACAGGACAUCCUGGGUGGCGUGUUUCGUGAGCUCGAGGAGAUUGACUUGAAGGGGAAAGUGCGCAUGCUCGUGUAUGAUGCGUUGGCAACGAUUGAGUAUCGCUUGAGCAUGGGUGGCACAGAGAAGAUUCAGUUGAGUGCCAUGGUGGCGACGAUGAAGCAAGGCGUUGAUCUCCAGGCGAGAUAGUAGAGUAUUCCAGUGACUAUGCACUCAAUUCUCAAUCUUCCUGCUGAACACACUUGUAC